UCCUCGGACAGCCGGUGACCCCAGUCACGUGAGACCUCGCCAGUGUCCAAGAAGUGGAGAUAGGUGUGGCUCAUAUCAGUGUUGGCAGAACCUACGACCACCAGUCUACCACCAUGAAGUGUCUCCUCCUGCUCGUGUCGGCUGUUGUAACAGUGAUGAUGGUGAAUGGCGAGUCCUGCAAUGUCGACUCAGAUUGUGUCGGCGGUAUCACCAGUUGCUCCGACGGCAGCGACUCCGUUUGCAUCAACGGACAGUGCACCUGCACCAGCGUGUGCGACCCGGAGCCUAACCUCGGAAGAUGCUUCGGCAAGAAUAUGUGCGUCCAGUUCUACGAAGGUGGUCGUAUUUCCUGUGAUUGUCCAAACCACAUCGCAAACCUCCACUGUAUUGAUGGAGAAUGUCACUGUGGCUACCCAUCGGGUAAUUAAGGUCACUGGUGGAAACAAUCCUGAUCUGACAAAUUGUGGAAAUAAAAAUUCUGACGAUA